CCCAUUCCAUGCCUGUGACAGGGUUAAAUCAAGUUCUAGUGGGUAUCGGGGAUCGAACUCGGGUCCUUGCGCUUGCGAGGCAGGCGGCGGAACCACUGAGCCAAAUCCCCGGCCCGAAAAAUAUUUAAGGCUCUGUAUUUUCCGACUUGGCGUUUAUGUAAGAUUUUAGUCUUACUAGUGUUAGUCAAACAGUCUCCCCCAUAAUUUCCUUCGGGAAGUCCCAGAGUGAGCCUACGACUCCCAGGUGGCUCCGCGCGAACCUUGGGGACUACAACUGCGGGGCAUCGCGGCCUUCAGGGCUGUCCGCAGCGACGCCCGUAGGACCCCGAGGUUCACACGGACUGCCCGGCGCGGCGCCUGCAGGACCCCGGCGGCUGCCCAUGCCGAGGUGAGUCCGCGGUUGCAGUCGCUGCUGUCCCGUCCCCGUCGCUCCCCUGUCGCCGCUCCGCGCGGCUUGCGCCGCAGUCCAGGAUGCUGGAGGAAGCGGGAGAGGUGCUGGAGAACAUGCUGAAGGCAUCGUGCCUGCCGCUCGGAUUCAUCGUCUUCCUGCCCGCCGUGUUGCUGCUCGUGGCGCCUCCGCUGCCCGCCGCCGACGCCGCGCACGAGUUCACGGUGUACCGCAUGCAGCAGUACGAUCUGCAGGGCCAGCCCUACGGCACACGGAACGCAGUGCUCAACACGGAGGCGCGCACGGUGGACGCGGACGUGCUGAGCCGCCGCUGCGUGCUCAUGCGGCUGGUAGACUUUUCCUACGCACAGUACCAGAAGGCGCUGCGGCAGUCGGCGGGCGCUGUGGUCAUCAUCCUGCCGCCGGCCAUGGCCGCCGUGCCCCAGGACGUCAUCCGGCAAUUCAUGGAGAUCGAGCCCGAGAUGCUGGCCAUGGAGACCAUCGUCCCCGUGUACUUCGCCGUGGAGGACGAGGCCCUGUUGUCCAUCUACGAGCAGACCCAGGCCGCCUCAGCCUCCCAGGGCUCGGCCUCAGCUGCCGAAGUGCUGCUGCACACAGCCACCGCCAACGGCUUCCAGAUGGUCACCAGCGGGGUCCAGAGCAAGGCUGUGAGCGACUGGCUGAUCACCAGCGUGGAGGGGCGGCUGACGGGGCUGGGCGGAGAGGACCUCCCCACCAUCGUCAUCGUGGCCCACUACGAUGCUUUCGGGGUGGCCCCGUGGCUGUCGCUGGGCGCAGACUCCAACGGGAGCGGUGUCUCUGUGCUGCUGGAGCUGGCGCGCCUCUUCUCCCGGCUCUACACCUACAAGCGCACACACGCCGCGUACAACCUCCUGUUCUUCGCCUCCGGAGGGGGCAAGUUCAACUACCAGGGCACCAAGCGCUGGCUGGAGGACAACCUGGACCACACAGACUCCAGCCUGCUGCAGGACAACGUGGCCUUCGUCCUGUGCCUGGACACCGUGGGCCGGGGCAGCAGCCUGCACCUGCACGUGUCCAAGCCACCGAGGGAGGGAACGCUGCAGCACGCGUUCCUGCGGGAGCUUGAGACGGUGGCCGCCCACCAGUUCCCCGAGGUGCGCUUCUCCAUGGUGCACAAGAAGAUCAACCUGGCGGAUGAUGUGCUGGCCUGGGAGCACGAGCGCUUCGCCAUCCGCAGGCUGCCGGCCUUCACGCUCUCCCACCUGGAGAGCCACCGCGACGGGCAGCGCAGCAGCAUCAUGGACGUGCGGUCCCGCGUGGACUCGAAGACACUGACGCGCAACACGAGGAUCAUCGCUGAGGCGCUGACACGGGUCAUCUACAACCUGACAGAGAAGGGGACGCCGCCCAACAUGCCAGUGUUCACGGAGCAGAUGCAGGUCCAGCAGGAGCAGCUGGACUCGGUGAUGGACUGGCUGACCAACCAGCCGCGGGCCGCGCAGUUGCUGGACAAGGACGGCACGUUCCUGAGCACGCUGGAGCACUUCCUGAGCCGCUACCUCAAGGACGUACGGCAGCACCACGUCAGGGCCGACAAGCGGGACCCAGAGUUCGUCUUUUAUGACCAGCUGAAGCAGGUGAUGAAUGCAUACAGGGUCAAGCCAGCCAUCUUCGACCUGCUGCUGGCCGUGUGCAUCGGGGCCUACCUGGCCAUGGCCUACACGGCAGUGCAGCACUUUGGCCUGCUCUACAAGACCGUGCAGAGGCUGCUGGUGAAGGCCAAGGCACAGUGAUGUCCCCGCCACUGGCUGCCCGUGCCACGUGGAGCCUUGUCCCCUGCGGCGACUGAGACCCUGCGUGACAGAGGCCUCUGUGUUGCUGCCUCGGAUGCGGGACCUUUGGUUUGCUUUGGGCUUCCUUCCUUCCUUCCUUCCUUCCUUCCUUCCUUCCUUCCUUCCUUCCUUUCUUCCUUCUUUGUGAACUUGCUUGGAGAAGAACUGGUCAGAGGCCCGGGGCCACUCCGACUUGGGGACAAACUGGAUGAGGCCGGCCCGGGACCCGCCCGCCUGAGACAGGUGUGUGCUGACCGCGGCCCCAGACUUGCCCCUCGCGGGCUCCACACUGGUCCCUGGCGUGGUCCUGGUGCCACGCCUGGUGAUGCAUCUCCUCGGCCUGCAGCCCAGCGUCCGGCGCAGCCUCUGGGCGCCUGGAUCUCCCGUGUGCCCUCCCCUGGCCCUGUGACAUCUCCCUGAGCUGCCACCUCCUUCCCGACCUCAGGCCCAUGGUGGCAGCAGAUGUCCGCCGUUGAUCACUGAGCCUGCACUCCAUGGGGACAGGGUGUCCCCACACCACACUGACCCCUGUACACACUGCCGCCUCCCUGCACAGGCCCCUCCCCGACCCCCACUGUCCCCUCUGCUUUGUGCAGCCCCCAGCUGCCUGCCUGAGUCCCCGGCUCGGCUCCCUUCAGCCUCCCUACUCGGGGUUAUGGCCCUGGUUCUCUCCUCCAGGAAGGAAGAUGCGCUGGGGGCAGCCGGCCCUCCGUGUCUUGGAAGUGAUGGAGAAGGCACAGCCUGGGACCCCCCAAGCAGGGACGGUGCAGGUGGGGCGGGAGGGCUGAGGCCAAGGACUGCGUUGAUCUCAGGGAGACAGGUGUAUCGAUUCAUUAGCAAUAUAAUCAGCACGACCUUCCAGCGGGCGGCUGCCCCCGCUCAGUCUGUGGCUCCGGCUGCCCGCUCCCAGGCCACUGUUCUUGGGACCCUGUGUCCUAGGAUGGGGACGGCCAUCCUGUCUGGAGACGUCCCCAUGCCUGCGCCUGCCCGCCCUGAGGGAGGGGCCUACGUGGAAGGACUUGGGGGCCCCGUGCCACCCAGCCCCACGCUGGGCCCAGGCUGCUGUCUCCCUCAAACUCCCCACCCUCCCUGGCGGGGCCCUCAGGGCUGGGGCUGUCUGAGGGCACCAUUGCCCUUCAGAAAAUAAAGCCAUACUGAACGAUG